AUGGGAUUUCGUGGCAGAGGUGGUGGUAACCAUAAUCAUAGAGGCUUCAAAAGAAGUCGAGGUAGUGGAUAUAAUCAAGGUCCCCCAGAAGAAGUCAUAGAAGUAGGGUAUUUCACACAUCCGUGCGAAGAUGUUAUCGUUUGUCGUAACACAAGUGGCAAAAUCCCGUAUUUUAACGCUGGCAUAUUUUUUGAUAAUAAGGAAGAAAUUGGCAAAGUUGAUGAGAUCUUUGGUGGUAUUGUAGAAAAUGGAUUCACCGUUAAACUUCAAGAGGGUGUUAAGGCAAAUUCAUUCAACGAGAAGCAGAAAUUGUACAUUGAUCCAGGAAGACUUUUACCUAUUAAUCGAUUUUUAUCGGAUUCUGGAUCAAAAAAGCGUGGAAAAGAGCAGAUUCGAGGUAAUAUGAGAGGUGGUCGUGGUGGUAAUAGUCGAGGAGCAUUUCGAGGAGGGAGAGGUGGAUACAGUCGAGGUGGUGGCAGCGAGAGGAGCGGCUUUAGAGGUGGCAGCGAGAAGAGUGGCUUUAGAGGUGGCAGCGAGAAGAGCGGCUUUAGAGGUGGCAGUCGUGGAAGUUUUAGAUAUAGUGGGAGUAGCAGUCGAGGUGCUGGCUUUGGGGGAAAAGAUAGCGGUAAUUUUCGAGGAAGAGGAGGAGGUGGGAAAGAUUUUGGUUACAAACGUGAUGCUGGAUGGCACUCAGAUGCACCUCAAAAUAAAAAGAUCAGAUUUGAAGAUUAA